AUGAAGUGCCUCCUGGGCGGGUUGGCUGGGCUGACGGUGGCUGGAUGGGCUACGGACGAGCAUGUCCAACAAGCAAAGGGCCUGAGCGACCGACCGCCUAACGACGACAGCAGCGACGACGCGCGCGAGACAGGGCGAAGGCGAUGGAGAGAAGGGGCCUCCCUGGCCGGUCGGUGUUCAAGGACCAACCACCUGGGAACCCCCAGCCUCUGGGCCACCGGGGCAUGCAUGGGCAGGUUUGCUCGGUACCCUUGCCUGGCCUGGCAUCUGUGGGGACCCUCUCGUCUCGUGGUGCUGGUGGACCAGUGA